CAAACACAGAGGAGGAGGAGGAGGAGGAGGGGGGGAGGGGAGGUGCUGAAGGUGCUGUAUCUCUGUUAUUAACCCUGACAGGCUGUCAUCAUAUGUGAAGGAGCCAGAGGUUGCUGCUCGAGUCUUGUAAAAGACCUCUCUCCUUUUGCAUCAACAAUAUAAUUUAUAUAAUAUAAACAGUGAAAGCAGCUGAACACCUUAAAGAUGGAUUUCCCAGUGGAGGCAAAGGUGCAUUUGGGUAUGUGCCACAAUGGGACAGUGGCGCGAAAAAUCCUCAGAGCAUAUGGCUUUACGUUGACAGAUCUGGGCAGCGAUCAAGUGCUUGUCAAGGGGUCAUUUCUGAGACUUAAAGCUGCAAAAGCUGUUCUGGAGCCGCUUAUUAACUCACAAACGGUUUCUUCCGGAGCCAUUCCCAAACACCACCCCAACAGCAGCUCAGAUGGUAACAGAAGCCGGUCAGGAUCCCGAAACAAGCCUCUGCAUGCUUCUCAAUCUUCACCCAAGACCUCCUCACCUUGGGCGUCCGGCUCUCCGAACAACCACCAAACCUCUCCAGAGCACAGAGCUUCUUUUUCUCCGAGACCGGACCAGCGGAGCUCAGUCAGACCUGAAGGAGAGUGCUUUAUCAUUGAUGGGGAUGUGUUUACGUACGCAGACCAGCUCAGGAGAAAAGACAUCGGGGGUAUUCUGACGAGCCAUAAAGUCAGAAUGGAAGUGCAGCCGGUUGGCGAUAGCUUCAACCUCACUUUAGACGGAAAGAACGCGAGGAACGCUGUCAGUGAACUGCAGAGUCUCCUGAACGAUCUCAACAAAUCACUACGCACGCAGGAAGUUCCUCUGAAGGACAUAGAUCGUGACGGCCGAGCUAUUCUAGAGAGGAUCAAGAAAGGCGGAAACACUCAUAAUUCAGUGCUCGUAUGUGAGAAGAAUGACAAACUCCAGCUCAUAGGACCUUCUGUUGAGAGCUACGAGUUAAAGCAAAGGCUGUUGGGAAGGCCGGUUGACCGGUCAGGACGUACAGGAAGGACAAUGGACAAAACCCCCAGAGGCAGGAGCAGCUCUCUACCACCAACCAGUCGAAAAAACACAGGAGGAGAUAACGGUGCCGUCGCCAAUCCGCCUCCUCUUGAAGCUGCAGGUUACACUCCAUCAAAGUACCCGGAUGAUAAACGGGAAGGUCGUGAGGCAAAGGGGAGAGUUGCAAAAUUUUUCUCAUCUUUCAGGAGAAAAAGCCACUCUGAGUCCCGCCAAAAAAGGAGAGCGGAAAGGGUCAACGGCUACGUGGAAGACACGGAAAACAAAAUCACUAAAUCUACUAAAUCAGCCAAGAAAGGUUGGUUUGGGUCCCUACCGUUUAAAAUAUGGAGAAAAUAAGCUGCACUAAAACAAAAUACCUGUUAUUUAUUACUGAGUAACAGUUUUGAAUAUGCAGUUAGACGGUGUUGUAUAGUAGAGCCUGAUACUGGAUCUUUGAGGCCUGUAGUGAUUCCAAUAUGUGAGCGUUAAAGGAAAAGUUUGACAAUUUUUCGAAUUAUAGUUAUUUGCUUUCUUCCUGAGAGUUAGAUUAGAGAUUGAUAUCACACACUUACACGUGUCUGUACAGUAAAUCUGUAGUUACUGUCAGCAGCUUAGAACAUUUUAAAUAAAUAUUGUUAGUAAAUAGUUUAAGUCAGUACUACUUGAGUCCGGACUUAUUUGCCCUCGGACUCGAAGCUCUUUGGACGUCGGUCUCGACUAAUCCUGUUCUUGGACUCUUGGACUCAACAGAACGGGUCUUGACUACAGAUUCUGUUUGAAGUAUAAAAUUUAAACUGAAUCACUGAGAUUGAUGAAUGUUGUUUGGCGGUGCAAUGAUUUUAUGAGUCUGAUACUGUCUCAUGAUAAAUUUUUUAUCACACUGUAACACUAAUAACCUGUGCACAAGAUUAACUUUAUACUGUUUACAGCCGUUGACAUUUCUCACACAUUUAUAAUUUACUGCUAGUUUCUUUGCACUGUAAAUGUCGGUGAUCUGGAUCUGAUUCUACAUCUGUACACUGGAUAAGAGAAUCAACUGAACGGCUAAAAUAUAAUUCAUGCAAAAGGGGAAAAACAGAAGAAUAAAUAUGACAAUUACACAAAUGGCCAUUUGGGUGAUUUUGUGGGAGUGUUAAUUAAAUGUGAUAAUGAGAUUUAUGCCUCUUUCAUCUCCAUGUGUUUGUGCUCUGCCAUAAUUACAUUGGACAUCUGGAGCUACUGUGAGUGUGCAAACUGUGUUGAUGUUGUUAGUGUAACACCUGAAUGCAACAUCUAGAGGGAGACAGAAACAGACGUGAGAGGAAGUGAAACAGUCUGACGGUACAUUGAGAGGAAGUACUUAUGGCUGGACAGGAUCUAACAGGAAAGUAGUUACAGGAACGGUAACUGGAUGCUCGACCGGACAAUGUUACCAUAUAUAGUGUAAA